UUCUCCCCGUACGCACUCUAUGGUAUCCCGUACAAGCUCCGCCCAUUCUCUCAGUCACCUAUCGGUCAUCCGUCGGAUGAGAAAUUGGAGUACAGUUUUGAGUAAGCACGUGGUGAAAGGCUACUAUGUGAAGUCUGCAACCACAUAAAGAGAGAGAGAGAAAUGAAAUAAUACAUUUCAGAAGAGGACGCUAUUAAGCAAAAUCUUAAAGGUCUGCAACUAAAAAAAGAGAGAAAGAGAAAAAUAUGAAGGAGCAAUACAAAGAGACUGAUGUAACUCGGAGAAUUUCCCAAGUAUCCUUUGGAGUGGAUAGUCGGCACAAAAUAGCACAGCAGGCUCAUCUACAUGUCGUUGCUAAAAAUUUGUAUAAUCAGGAUAUCAAUCAUACUCCAGUUCCUUAUGGUGUACUCGAUGAUCGUUUGGGAACAUGUUCCAAUGCCAAAAAAUGCAGCACAUGUGAAGGCAAACUAAAUGACUGCGCGGGACAUUUUGGUUAUGUAGAUUUAGAACUACCAGUCUUUCAUGUUGGUUACUUUAGGCCUCUCAUUACUAUUUUACAAACAAUUUGCAAGAAUUGUGCUCAUGUCAUGUUACCGCCAGAAGAUAAGAAGAAAUACUUGGACAAAUGUUUGAAUCCAAAUUUGGGAUAUUUGGCACGGAAAGCAUUGCGUAAACAGAUCUUAGAAAAAGCCAAGAAAACAACAAAAUGUUAUAACUGCCAGCAAGUCAAUGGUAUUGUUAAGAAAGCUGGAAUGUUGAAAAUAGUGCAUGAACAAUAUAAAAGCAAAAAGAAACAGGAAAGUAUCAUUGAAGAAAAAUUGAAAAGCUAUUACCGUUAUGCAGUUGAAAAUAACAAAGAAGUGAAGAAUAUAUUGCAAAGCACUGGCUUGGUUUAUACUUUAAAUCCAUUACAGGUUCGGGUACUACUUGAAAGAAUUCCAAUGGAUGAUAUCCCAUUGUUACUGAUGAAUCGUGAACGUUCAUUACCGCAAGAUUUGCUAUUGACUAGGAUUCCUGUGCCACCGAUUUGUAUCAGACCAAGUGUCUCGUCCGAUCUAAAAGCUGGUACCAAUGAAGAUCCUUUAACAAUGAAAUUGUCGGAGAUUAUGCUCAUCAAUAAUGUUAUCCAGAACCACGUGUCGUGUGGCACCAGACCGCAAAUGUAUCACGAGAACUGGGAAUUUCUUCAAUUGCAUUGUGCAUUGUAUAUUAAUAGCGAAAUGUCCGGAAUACCUCUUAAUAUGCAGCCUAAAAAAUCAGGCAGAGGUUUGGUGCAGAGAUUGAAAGGGAAACAAGGUCGUUUUCGAGGUAACUUAUCGGGAAAACGUGUUGACUUCUCUGGUCGUACGGUUAUCUCGCCCGAUCCAAAUCUUAAAAUAGAGCAAGUCGGCGUACCUCUAUACGUUGCGAAGCUCUUGACAUAUCCCGAAAAAGUCAAUCCGGCAAACAUAGAAUUGAUGCGCCAAUUAAUUCGCAAUGGUGCGAACGUACAUCCCGGAGCGAACUUUGUGUUACAUCAGAAAACACAGAGAAGAAUGUACCUUCCAUAUAGUGAUCGGAACAGAAUCUUACGAGAUUUAGAGUGUGGCGAUAUCGUCGAGAGGCAUCUGAGAGACAACGACAUAGUAUUGUUCAAUCGGCAACCGUCGCUACACAAGUUGAGCAUACUGGCACAUAAGGUUAAAGUAUUGAAUCAUCGAACAUUCCGAUUCAACGAGUGCGUCUGCAAUCCCUUCAAUGCGGAUUUCGACGGCGACGAAAUGAAUCUUCAUUUACCUCAGACCGAAGAAGCGCGGGCGGAAGCGUUGGUAUUGAUGGGGAACAAAUCCAAUUUGGUCACACCUCGCAAUGGCGAGUUAUUGAUUGCGGCAACGCAAGACUUCAUCACUAGCAGUUACCUCUUAACGAGAAAAGACACGUUUCUCACCGAGGCCCAGGCUAUUUUAUUAGCCAAUUCCUUGAUUGCUGGUUCUGACGAUGUCAAAUCUGUAACUUUGCCUCCACCUGCGAUUCUAAAACCGGUUAAAGUGUGGACAGGCAAACAGAUAUUCAGUCUGGUAAUACGACCGAAUAAGGAGUGUCCUAUCAAAGCGAAUCUAAGGACAAAGGGCAAGGCAUACACCACCGGCUAUGAAAUGUGCGUCAAUGAUUCCUUUGUCCUCAUUCGCAAUUCCGAGUUGUUAGCGGGUUCAAUGGACAAAGCUACACUGGGCUCGGGAACAAAGCAGAAUAUAUUUUACAUUUUGCUGUGUGAUUGGGGCGAGAAUGUUGCAACUUUAGCUAUGUGGCGUUUGGCAAAGCUGUCAACCUGUUAUCUGACGAAUGGAGGAUUCUCCAUCGGUAUAACCGACGUGACACCUGGUCAACGACUACUUCAAGCUAUGGAAGAAUUGUUGAACGUUGGUUAUACCAAGUGCACUGAAUAUAUUCGACAAAUGGAUGAAGGUCGUCUAGUCUGCCAGCCUGGAUGCACAGAAGAAGAAACGAUGGAAGUGAAGGUACUGAAGGAACUUUCGGAGAUUCGUGAUCACGGUGGUAAAGUGUGCUUGAAGGAGCUCCCGCCCGGCAACAGCCCUCUGAUUAUGGCAGUUUGUGGAAGUAAAGGAAGUUUCAUUAACAUCUCCCAGAUGAUUGCUUGCGUAGGUCAACAAGCUGUCAGUGGGAAAAGAGUGCCGAACGGGUUCGGCACUCGCUCGUUACCUCAUUAUAACAGAGGCUUGAAAACACCAGGUGCUAAAGGUUUUGUAGGAAAUUCAUUUUACUCCGGAAUGGUCGGUCCAGAAUUCUUCUUCCAUACCACGGGCGGUAGGGAAGGUCUUGUGGACACCGCCGUGAAAACUGCAGAGACCGGAUACAUGCAGAGAAGAUUGGUCAAAAGUCUGGAAGAUUUGUGUCUUCAUUACGACAUGACGGUACGCAAUUCAAUGGGCGACAUCGUGCAACUCGAAUACGGUGGAGAUGGGUUGGAUCCGACAUAUAUGGAAGAUAAGGAUCAGCCGAUGGAUUAUCAAAGAGUAUUGGAUCAUGUGAAAGCAAAGUCGUUACACAAGGAAGAAAAACCUCUGAAUAGCAUUGUUGUAACUGAUAUCACGUGUAAGUGGUUUUCGGAAUCGGAACAGUUCGAAAAUGUCGAAGAGAAACUGAAAAAAGAUUUAAUGGUCUUUUUAGAGUCAGAAGCAGACAAAAUACAGAAGUAUCGAGAAAACAUACAGUUACCUACACCGGUAAUACAGCAACUCGCGCGUCUCACUAUCUCACAGCUGAAGGAAUUUAUUCGCACGUGCAACGAGAAAUACAUAAGAGCGCGGGUAGAACCGGGUACUGCCGUGGGUGCGCUCGCUGCGCAGAGUAUUGGAGAGCCGGGCACUCAAAUGACUCUUAAGACUUUUCACUUUGCCGGAGUGGCAUCUAUGAACAUCACACAGGGUGUGCCACGUAUCAAGGAAAUCAUCAACGCCAGUGCGAAGAUUAGCACUCCUGUUAUAACAGCACCGUUGAUGGAUGAUACAAGUUCAGAAAUCGCUAUGCGGGUGAAGGGACGAAUCGAGAAGACAAUCUUGCGAGACGUGAUAGAGUACAUCGACGAAGUAUGUCUGCAAGACGAUCACUUCCUUCUAAUAAAAUUAAAUCUCGAUUUGAUCAAAUCGUUGAAGUUGGAAGUAGACGUUAACUCUAUACAUUAUUCGAUCUGCAGUUCAAAGUUACAUCUUACCGCGAAACAUGUGUCGGUGAGAAGUGAUAGUCUCAUUACUGUUCAACCGAAUAAACAGAAAUCGAACUAUGGACUUACGCAACUGAAGGAGAGCCUUCCAAAUGUUAUAAUAAAGGGUUUGCCAUCGGUUGUUCGAGUAGUUAUAGACAACUAUAUGGAUAUCGGUGGUAAAACGAAAUACAAAUUAUUAAUUGAAGGUGAUAACUUGAAAGAAGUUAUGGCAACGACCGGCAUUCUUGGUAAUAAGACAAAGUCGAACAAUACUAUAGAGGUUUUCAAGGCACUCGGAAUAGAAGCGGCGAGAGCGACCAUCAUGACAGAGAUCGAAUCGGUGAUGGAGAAUCACGCAAUAAGUAUCGAUCGUCGACAUCUAAUGCUCGUCGCAGACUUAAUGACAAGCAGGGGAGAAGUGCUUGGCAUUACCAGACAAGGCUUGGCGAAGAUGAAAGAGUCGGUUUUGAAUCUGGCAUCGUUCGAGAAAACGGCGGAUCACCUAUUUGAUGCAGCCUAUUAUGGACAAACCGAUACCAUCUGCGGUGUAUCGGAAUCCAUUAUAAUGGGUAUUCCAAUACCACUGGGCACAGGACUCUUCACACUACUUCAUAAGGCAGAUAAGGAUGAGCCGCAGAAGAAGAAACUCAUAUUUGAUGACCCAGAGUUCCAUAAGAAGACAAAAGCUGUCGCAAAAAGUUAACUGCGUUGAUCAUCUUCUUGAUUAGAAUCAACUCAAAUGUUGGAUUUGGAAUAAGUUGAUUCUAAUCAGGAAGAUGUUUUUGCUAUGUAAAAUCAAUGUACAUUAUAGACUUAUUGUAUAAUUAUUUUUAUGAUGAUAUGAUUUAUUUUCUAUGUGUACACAAUUCUUAAAUGGAAUAAAAAUGAAGUGUUUAUGCUAUAGCAUAACCAAAUGCCAAUUGAA